GUCCGCCUAUCUGUGUUCUGCACACCAUUGACUGAUGUUUACAUCGUUAAUAACCAUAAUGGUAUUUUAGAAAGAGCUGAAACUGACAGGCCCGGCAGACAUUAACUGUUCCCUCCUAAACAAUUAUAUUCAAUGCUAGCUGCUUGUUUACCAAAUAAACUUGGUAUUGGUUUGAUGCCAACCUUUGGUCUCCGUGCUCCUGAAUUCAUAAUCAGAAGGUACCUACUUUCUCCCAGUCGCCCAAUUAAAUUAGAACUAAUUGGUCACCUGAAAAAGGCCUCUGAAUCUUUAUAUGAGCCUGGUCAAAUAUUCUUACACAAGAAAUUUGGUUAUCGUGGUAUUGUGCUACAGCGUUGGAAGGGAAAGCUGUUCGAUCGUAAUCUACAAUCUACGAAAUCAAUAGAAUUGACGUCUCAUGAAUCUCCAAAGGGAGAAGGAUCUGAAACAAAUGUUUACCAAGUUCUAACGGAUCAAAGCGACACUGAAAUUUGUAAUUCUGCUUUAAAACAUGGUAUUACUUUUUUACCUGAUGAUAAACGAGCAUUUAAUGCCAUAUAUAUAGUGUCAGAAAUGGACUAUGUUUUUCAUGAUGAUAUCAUACCUUACGUUCCGCAGGAUGUUUCGCCAAUUAGAAAUCAAUAUUUUAGUGAAUUCUUGCUUUCUACUCCAGACAAAGAUCCACCAUUUAUUCCAACCGAUCAUUUAAGACGCUGGAUUGAGGCGCGAAAGCAAAGUCUAGAAGUUACAUCGAUACAUCGCGAAGUGACCGAAGGUAUUCAAACGACAGUAAUGCCUUUUUACAUGGGCCGUCGAGUAACAGAGGAUAGAAAAGAAAAUGAUGUACGCUACUGGCGCUAUUUAAUCCGAUUAGAAAACCUCACGAUGGACCGCGUUCAACUUCGUGAGCGCUUUUUGAAAAUUUUCUCAAUAUCCGGAAACCUUGAGUCAAUCGGAGGAAAAGGAGUUGUAGGGAUGCAACCUGUCCUUUCUCCAGAAUGUCCAGUUUUUCAGUAUCACAGUCAUAUCCACUUCCCCGUGGAGUGGGCCCACAUGUGGGGAACGUUUCGGUUUGAAAAACACAAUGGUUCUAGUUUAGAUGUUAAAAUACCAUCUUUCCCGCUGUAUGAUCCCACGUCUUAUUCAAACUCGAGUAACGAAAACCUUGGUUAAUUAUCCACAAUGAUCUUGGUACGAGCCCGGUUACCUGAUUUUGACACUCUAAAGACAAUUGUAUGUCUGUUUAAACAACUGCAGCACACACCAAAAAAUUGUAAACAUAAUAAAUAAAAAGUUUAGAUUUCUAUCGAAAUCCCAUUUAUUUAUACUUCACAAAAUGCGUCCAAAUGAUUUGCUUCGCAAUAAGAAAAUGCACAUCUAUUCACUCAUGAAAUAUCUUGCAUAACUUUGAAACCAAGAAGUUAUUUUUAAGAUUUGCAAGGUAACACUAUAAGGAAGAAAAUAUCUCAAAAUAAACAGUUUAAUGGAAAAUCAAGGUGCUUUAGCAGCUUAAAUUAAUAAGUCUCAGGGAGAGCACGGAUAAGGAAAAAAUCUCAGCUUGUUUGUAAUUAGAAAGUCAAUGAAAAACAAAUAGUUUGAUUUCGGUAUAGUUCUAAUCCUUUAAACUCCUAGUUGCAUAUAACUACGAAAAUCUAGACCUAAGGCGCUUAUCUGGAGAUUUUCUGGGAUAUACGUAUAUGGUGAGGUAGGAUAAUUGGUUUCUCUUUUGCAUGGGGAAAUGUAAAUUGUGCAGUAUACCUCGCAAAAUGAUAACACUUAAGGAAGCUUGAAGUAAAGCGGUGGUAUAUAGAUACGUAUGUACUGACAAUAAAUCAUAUAUACAAACAGGGUGGAAUAAAAACAGUAACUAAGAAAUCUUCAAAAUGAAAGAAAAGGCAGUUUAGAUACCAUAUAGGAGUGGCCGUAACGCGAAUUCUAAUCACAGUAUUUCCCGACUUAAAAUAAAGCAUUUGUAAUGAAAAUGAACAGCGUAAUUGUGACCGGAACGGUGGUUCGUGAAUAUGCAGGAUGAAACGGCCAGUAGUUAUGAUUCUUUGUUUCUAUUUCCGUCGCUUUAAUUAUAAUGGUGAAAAAGAUAACUGGUAAGCACAAUAUAUGUUCUGCUUAUGAGUUUCCUUUACUAGUCUAUCCAGUAAGCUGUGUAAAAUUACUUGGAACAAAUGACUGCAUGAUAUUGGAUGAUCACUUGUAGCUUCAGUUAAUGAUAAUACAAAAUUAUGAAUUUCAUCAUUUCGGAGACUCAUGUACCAGUGCAUAAGCACACCCAUUUGGAAGCAAACCCAACUCGACGCGACCAGAUGGUUUGGGUUCUGGGAGUAAUUUUUCAAGCUCUUCAUAAGUAACAAUUUGGUAGUCUUUUUCCAGCACAUCGGC